UGUCACCACAGUUUCUUCAUUUUGAAUUCAACGUGAUACUUCAGUGAUCAUGUAACUAAGAUAAUUCCUAGGGUGGCACCCAGUCAAAAUUGAAGUUCUGUAUUGGCCAGUUCCUGAGAUGGCGAGACCUAAAUAAAUGGAUGAAUACCUUAGAUGACUGCUGCAUGAUUCAAAGUAUUGGCUGAUACAAUUAUGUUGAGUCGUAUAUGACUCUACACCUUGUUCUGAGACCAAUAAACAUUCCCUAUAAAUUAUGAGUCUCACUUGACUCAUGGUUGACUUGGAGGCUUUUCGAAGAACUCGGGUGACUCAUCAGGGUCCUUGUUUUGCAAUCCCGUGAUACCAUCUUGUUAAUAUCACCAUCUUGUUAUGAUUUGGCCUGGUUUUCUUGUCAUGUUCAACUUCUUUUCCUAUGUAGUAAUUCGUGUGAAUUGCCUAAUACCAUUUUGCGAUGCAGCAGCCAAUGUGUCUCAGUAUCCCCUAAGUCAAGAGUCAGAAUCGUGACCUUGAACCAUGGGUAGCUAAAAAACAUGGAUGUUUCUUAGGAAAUGAAAGAUAUUCAGAAUCUCUUAGAUCUGUUUUAAAACCUCUGAGUUCAGAUACUUGGCCGACAAUUGGAAGGUGGAACCCUUCAACGCCAAACGGAAUACAACUUUCUUCUAUCAUAAUUGCCUGGAAAAUAGUAUAUAUCAAAUAAAGGUUAUACAAGAAUCAUUUGAAUGUUAAGCAGUUUAUGAACAUUAUUAAGAUGCCAAAGAAGUGAUGGUGUGAGGGAGGAGAGGGGGUUGUGCAUUCUACAGACAUAAUGCACAAGUUGUUUCUUUGUUUGUUAUCAUUUUUUCUAGAAUCCAGUGUUAAAGCAUUUUUACUAUGUCGUGCCCAUGUCUUUGCAACAUAGAGUUGCGAGAUGAGAGGAUAAAACCACUUUCCAAUGUUUUAGGACAUUGGCAUGGUCAUGUGUGAGAUGUGCAACUGAAACAUGAAGGGAUCAUAAAUUUUGGUCCUGUCAGAAUGUUCUCAAAGUUCCAUGUCUAUGGUACUAAAAUUGCUCCUGUCCCAAUUCUUGUAGAAGCUUGGGAACCAAAGCCUGUAGCAUCUUGUCUGUUCCUUUCUGCCUGCAUAAUAGUGGAUUUGCUCCCAAAUUGAACUCUUGUUAAGUAUGAUAACUUCUUUUUCUAUCCUAAAGCAGGUCGCCCGUUUUAACUGUCUUCAGAUUGAUGUAUGUAAUGAAGCUCUUGACUUCAGAUGGAGCUUCACUAUGCCAAAUAAAUUUCUCUUUAGAUCAGCUCAGCUCUAAAUGGACAAAUCUCAAAUAAGUACAGCUAGGGUUUUGGCAAGGAAGAUAGGCAAAUAGAAUAGAGAAUUUUUAAGUUUCUCCACAAAGCUCUCAUCAAGAUUAAGGGAUUUGGAUGGAAGCUCAGCAGUAUAGCACAAGUUCCCUUUUUCCUUUAUCAAAUUUUCACAAUUAGUACAAUGUAAAGUUACAUUAAACAUGGGUUUAAGUGAUUCAUUUCUUGUUUUUCUCUCCAUUAAACAGACUAUAUUGCCAAGUAUUUCCUUUUUGUUUCUUUUUCUUCUUCUGUUCUCUUCUUUUUUAGGAGAAUCAUUAGAUCUAGCAACAAAACUUGAGGUCUUGAAUUAAUAGAAGUCAACUUUGGAAAUUUUAAAGGCAAGUUUAUAUUGAUGGAAGUUUUUGACUAGGUGAUCUUGUUUAUGUUGACUGACAUUUUUUUUCCGAUAAAAAAGUCAAUUAGAUUUGGUUGGUGCAUUGUGUACUGCAUCUGUCUGUGACUGAGUAUAAAGAUGUUCCAUCUAUCAAGAGGUGAUUUAUAUGGGUCUAUGUUCUGGUACUGUUUCUGGUUACUGUGUACAAAGGACCCUGAUUGUUCUUAGGUUUUGUUUUGACUGUAGUGUACUAGGAAAGAUUUCGCAUGCGAUACACUUGAGCAUGAUCUCUGCUAUCCUUUUUUUCACAACUUUUUUAUAGCUUGAAUUUUUAUCCACAAGGUUCAUAAUAAAUGGUUGUUUUUCUCCGUAUAAAGUUACAUGCUUGUGCACGAAGACAGUAAAGACUAUCUUUUGCCUAUUUGAAUUCAUAGAAGUGGGUUUGGGCUUUAACUUGACUUGCAAACAGAAUUUUGAACGUGAUUCUUCAAACAUAUCCAAAUGGUCGAUGGAUCAGAAGUUGCAUCCAGACUCAGCAUUCGAUCUCACCUCUAGAUUUCAUGAACAAGCAAUUAACUGUGUGGAUUUACUGAAUUCACUGGAGCCUCGCCAUAAACGUUCUACUGACCAAAAUAAGCAUCCUAUGCAGAAUGACCUUCAAAUGCAGCUUAUGUAUGAUGAAAGUGGAAGCCUUCUGAAAUCAAAAUUGGAGAAUGAUCUGAGUGUAGAGGGUAAAGCCGAUUAUUCAGCUAUGAAACAGCCAUUGUUAGAUGGUGUCCGAAGGGAAGGUCUGAAGAAGCUUGACAGCUUUGACCGAUGGAUGAGUAAAGAACUAGGAGAUGUAAAUGAGACACAUAUGCAGACUGGCUCUGAAGCCUACUGGGAUACUGUUGGAAGUGAAGAUGGAGUUGGUGAUUCUAGUAUUUCCCCGGAGGUGCACUUAGACACCUACAUGCUGGGUCCAUCUCUCUCCCAGGAUCAGCUCUUUAGCAUUGUUGAUUUUUCACCCAAUUGGGCAUAUGCUGGAUCAGAAGUUAAGGUCCUAAUUAUGGGGAGAUUCUUGAAGAGUCGACAAGAUGUAGAGAAGUACAAAUGGGCAUGCAUGUUUGGGGAAUUGGAAGUUCCGGCGGAGGUUAUAGCAGAUGGCGUUCUCCGUUGUCAUACACCCCUUCACAAGGUUGGGAGGGUUCCUUUCUACGUAACGAGUUCCAAUAGGUUAGCAUGUAGUGAAGUGCGAGAAUUUGAGUACCGCAUUUGCAGUGUUCUAGAUGAGGAUAGUGGUAGCUCUAGUGAAAAUCUUCUUCAUAUGCGGUUUGCAAAAUUAUUGUCUCUGGGAUCGGUCAGCCCCCAAAACUGUGUCUCGAGUAGUGUGGAUGACAUUUCUGAGUUGAGCAGUAAAAUCAAUUCAUUAGUGAAAGAGGACAACAAUGAGUGGGACCAGAUGCUAAAGCUCACAGCUGAGGACGAGUUCUCUGCUGAAAAAGUAAAGGAGCAACUGCUACAAAAGCUGCUAAAGGAGAAGUUGCAUGUAUGGCUCCUUCACAAGGCUGCUGAAGGUGGGAAAGGUCCUAGUGUGUUAGAUGAGGGUGGCCAAGGAGUGCUGCAUUUUGCAGCUGCUCUCGGUUACGACUGGGCUAUACCACCUACAAUAGCAGCGGGUGUUAAAGUCAAUUUCCGUGAUGUUAAUGGAGGGACGGCACUUCAUUGGGCGGCUUCUUGUGGCAGAGAGCGGAUGGUUGGGUUCCUCAUCUCUUUAGGUGCAGAUCCUGGGGCAUUGACGGAUCCUACCCCAACGUAUCCUUCAGGAAGAACGCCUGCAGACCUAGCUUCUAGCAAUGGACACAAAGGAAUUGCUGGUUAUCUUGCAGAAUCUGCGUUGAGCUUCCACCUUUCAUCACUUAAGCUGAAGGAUGCCAAGGAUGGUGAUGAUGGAGAGAUUUCUGGGGUAAAAGCUGUUCAAACAGUUACAGAGAGGACUGCAACUCCAGUCAGUGAUGGGGACUUGCUACAUGGAUUAUCAUUGAAGGAUUCAUUAGCAGCCGUCUGUAAUGCUACUCAAGCUGCUGCUCGCAUUCAUCAAGUCUUCAGGAUGCAAUCAUUCCAAAAGAAGCAGCUAAAAGAGUAUGGUGACGACGACUUUGGAAUGUCGGAGGAGGAACGUGCUUUUUCACUUCUUGCUGUGAAAAAAAAAAGGGCAGGACAAAAUGAGGAGCCGGUGCAUGCUGCUGCAAUACGAAUACAAAAUAAAUUCCGUAGUUGGAAGGGCAGAAAAGAUUUUUUGAUAAUCCGGCAGCAAAUUGUUAAAAUCCAGGCCCAUGUAAGAGGGCACCAGGUGAGGAAGAAUUAUAAGCCUAUUGUAUGGUCUGUUGGAAUUUUGGAGAAGGUAAUUUUGCGCUGGAGGAGAAAAGGAAGCGGUUUGCGUGGAUUCAAACCAGAAGCUCUAACUGAGGGCCACAGAAUGCUAGACGUCUCAUCAAAGGAGGAUGACUAUGAUUUCCUGAAAGAAGGCAGAAAGCAAACAGAAGAAAGGUUGCAAAAGGCCCUCAAUAGGGUGAAGUCCAUGGUUCAGUAUCCAGAGGGACGAGAUCAGUACCGAAGGCUGCUGAAUGUUGUGUCAGAGAUGAAGGAAACUAAGGCUGUGUAUGAUAAUGUUCCUAGCAGUUCAGAAGAGCCAGUGUAUUAUGAUGAUAUGAUUGAUAUUGAAGCGCUACUAGAUGAUGACACCCUCAUGAAUACAACGUCGUGAGUUUAUCUCUCACAUUCGAUCCUCUUGUGAAAUCCUAUUUAUCUGCUUCUGUUGACUGGUGUAGAACUGUAUCAUAGGUUGCACUAAUGUUAAUUUGUAAAUUUGAUUUACCCGACAUAUUUAACCGUAUGUAUGUAUGUCUGCGAGUGGAUAGGAUUUAUAGAGAAUUGAGGGGGACGAUGCAAAUAUCAAACUUGUGCAGUGUGUAUCUUUUUUUCGGGUUUUUUUUUUUUGUUUUUU